AUGGGUAUUACAGUUAUUGGAUCACUAAAUUACGAUCUUGUUACUUACACAGAUCGUAUUCCUGAGGCAGGCGAAACUUUUAAAGCAAAUUCCUUCGAGACUCACACAGGUGGUAAAGGGUUAAACCAAACAGUUGCUAUUUCAAAAUUAAAGCAGGUGGAUGCAGAUUAUAAAAUUCAAAUGGUAGGUAAUGUCGGUAAGGACGCAUUCGGUGAACAAUUGCUUGGUUACUUAAACAAAAAUAAUGUGGAUACAUCUAAUGUUGGAACUUAUUCGGAUGUAAGUACAGGGGUGGCAACAAUCCUUGUCGAAGAGAAAAAGAGCGGUCAAAAUAGAAUUUUGAUUACAGAGGGUGCUAACGGGAAGACCACAUACACUGAUGACGAACUAGCUAAAAUCUUCAACAAUGAUGAUAAUGAUACCAAUCAUAUGGUAGUUUUUCAACAUGAGAUUCCAGAUCCAGUAUCAAUAAUGAAAUGGUUUAAUCAGUAUAAAGAUAAUUACAAAAUUGUUUAUAAUCCAUCUCCAUUCCAUCCUUUGCAGAAGAAUGAUUGGUCCUUAUUUGAUGUUUUAGUAGUCAAUGAGAUUGAAUCUCUUCAAAUCAUAAAAAACAUCUAUCCACAGAAUUAUGUUGACAAGGUUGAAACUGAUAUCGCAAAUGACUUUAUUGGUGCUUAUAGUAAAUUAUGUGAAGAACUUCAAAAGAAUGUUAUGAAUCCUUCAAAAGCAGCAAUAGUCAUCAUAACUUUAGGCUCACAGGGUGUUUUAUUUUCAUCUGCAGACGAUCAAGAUGUGCAGUAUUUACCUGCCAUCAAAGUCGAAAAAGUUGUAGAUACUACCGGUGCAGGUGACACAUUUUUGGGUGGUGUAGUAACACAAUUAUAUCAAGGGAACACUUUGAAGCAAGCUAUUGAAUUUAGUACAUUCGCCAGUUCUUUAACCAUCCAAACUCCAGGGGCUGCAGAAAGUAUCCCUCAUUAUCCGGAUGUGAUUACAAGCUUGGGUGUAAACACAAAAUAA